AUAAAUUGGAGCUGGUGGCAGCCUUACACAAGCUCACACGGGCUCACUCGGGCACACACAAGCUCACUUGCUCCGGCACUAAGACAUCUGAGUGAUUCCCGUCGCUCCCCUGUGAACCUGUCAGAGCCUCGGCCUCUCAGAUUCUUGAACACAGUCUCUCAGGCUCACUCACUCUCUGUGGCCUGCCUUAGAUCGACCUGCCAUGGCACCCCGCAUGACCCCACUACUGGCCUUCAGCCUGCUGGUUCUCUGGACCUUCCCAGCCCCAGCUCUGGGGGGUGCUAAUGAUGCAGAAGACUGCUGCCUGUCUGUGACCCAGCGUCCCAUCCCUGGGAACAUCGUGAAAGCCUUCCGCUACCUUCUUAUCCAAGAUGGCUGUAGGGUGCCUGCUGUUGUGUUCACCACAUUAAGGGGCUACCAGCUCUGCGCACCCCCAGACCAGCCCUGGGUAGAACGCAUCAUCCGAAGACUGAAGAAGUCUUCUGCCAAGAACAAAGACAACAGCACCAGAAGGAGCCCUGUGUCUUGAGUAAAGAGAUGUGAAUCACUCUGGCCCAGGAAACCAAGGACCAGAAGGGAGGACCAGGCCUCCUGAUGCUCUGACCCAGACUUAACCCAGCCAAGUCUGUGCCUAGAGAGUCGAUGUGAAUGUGAGUGUGGACAAGAGAGUUUGUGUGGCUAGACCACGGCCUCUCCAUGGCUGCUAGACUGCAGUGCUUCCAAUAAAGCCGCCUGGUACUGUG